GCGUCUCCAUCCUUCGUCCGCCCGCGUCCAAAUCCGUGAGCAAGCCGUGUUCCUCCUCAGGAAGCGCAGUGCUCAGGCACCCCCUCAGACUGACCGGGGGUCAGCUUCUCCCCGAGGAGGUGCUCACGGAAGGACUCCCCCCCUUUGCCCCCUUUUCUGAGCCCUGGACUCCCAGGCAUGGGCUAGCAGCCAAGGCAGAGAGCCAGCCUAGGGGCUGUGUGUGAUCAGGGCGGGGAGAGGGCCGGAGAGCCUCUCCCCAUUCAUCGGAGCCUGGUGCCUUCCUGGCUGACCAGAGGAGCUCAGCAAUAAUUCAGGGACUCCAGCUCUUUGGAACCUGUUGCCAGGAAACAGGGAGACAUGCACGUGCAUCCCUGGGGACAGGAAUCAGUUUCCAGACCAGACAAAGCAGUGAAAUGUAAGCUCAGGGUGCCAACUGGGGGCCUUGGGACCUCCUCAACCCAGUUCACAGCUAAGUAGGGAUAUAGGGCAGGCCCCCAUGAAGGCACAACUGGUAUGGCUACAGUCCCAGAGGCACCAGUCCAGUGUGGGUCUUGGGCCCAAGGACUUUAUAAAUGGACUUUGUGGCUGAAAGAUUUUUCUGGAGCCAUUCCAAGAGAUCAAAUUCAAGUACCCCUAGGGCUAGGAAGGAGGACUCCAUAGAGAUGUCUUCAUUAUUCUUGGCCAAUAUGGGUCAAGACAAGGGGCUGAGGCCACAGAAGCCAGUUCUGUCCCACCCCCACCCCAGACUCCUCUGGAUCAGGUUCACCUGCUGGGCACUGUGCCAGCUGGGGAGCCUGGUGCAUCUUUAAUGAAGUCACCUGAUCCCUGGGACAGGCUCUCGGCCUCACCAAGUUCCUGGAGCCAGACCCACUGGGUGCCCACUGAGUCAAUUGCCUUCUUGAGCUUGGGUGCCAGGUCGGUUUCCCCUGCAGCCAUGAACCAGGCAUUCUGGAAAACCUACAAGUCCAAAGUGUUACAGACCCUAAGUGGGGAAUCUGAGGAGGACCUGGCAGAGGAGCGAGGGAACCCAGCAUUAGUGGAAUCUGAGCCAGCAAGACCUGCGGAAGAGGCUUGCCAUCCCAUGUCACAGCUGGCCCGCCGGGUUCAGGGGGUUGGGGUGAAAGGUUGGCUGACAGUGUCAUCUCUGUUUAACAAAGAAGAUGAGGACAAGCUGCUGCCACCGGAGCCCUGUGCUGACCACCCGCUGGCGGCGCAGUCCCCCUCGCAGGCGGUGACCGCGACGGAGGCGGAGCCGCGCGGGCCGGGGCUCUGGGACGCGUUCGCCAGCAGGUGGCAGCAGCAGCAGGCGGCGGCGGCGUCCAUACUGCGCGGCGCCGAACCCAACCCGGAGCCGGACCCCGAAGCGGGGGACGAGGCCGCGGAGGAGGCUGCCGAGCGCCCCGAGCCGGGGGAGGCCGACACCGUGGCCGGCUUCAAGUGGGGCUUCCUCACCCACAAACUGGCCGAGAUGAGGGUGAAGGCCGCGUCCAAGGGCGACUAG